ACGAGAGGUUGAAGUGUCGUAUCAGUCGCAGACGAACAGGAAGAACAGUAACAACAGUGAAAACAGAAGGGAAGAAAUCGAGAUGCUUCUACAUCGAGGAUUAUUCUUAGCGACGCUAAUAUCAGCAGUCAGCGUCGUAUUUGCCGACAUCCUCGUUCAACCUGUUACAUACAGUGACCAGCCAAAUAAUGUGCAACCUGAUUCAGAUUAUAUUUGCCUUGUGCCGAUGGAAGAAUCGUAUGCACAACCAGAUCAAUACGUAGCAAUAGCAGAGCCGCAGCAGCUUCAAGCAGAGCCGCAGCAGCUUCAAACAGAGCCGCAGCAGUUUCAAACAGAGCCGCAACAGUUUCGAAUAGCGUUCCAGCAGCUUCAAACAGAGCCGCAGCAGCUUCAAAUAGAGCCGCAGCAGCUUCAAGAACAUCCUGAUAAUUCAAAUUUGCAAACUGUAGAAUUUAUACAAUUAGCAGAGCCGAGUUAUUGGUCCUCUCAUGUUUCUAGAAGUCACGGAAGUUACACAAAGAUAGGAGGCCGCGGAUACACGCGACCCACGGUGAUUAUUAAAUACCCUAAGUCAGCGCAUCGCCGAUAUAGAAGAUCAACCGAAACUACAAGCAAUGAAUCCAGCGAGCCUGCGAGCACUACGUAUGCCAAUGAUGUGGCCGAGGAGUCGGCCUUAGUCGGCGGUAAGCUUCUUCAGUUCAAUGGCUCUUUACUUCCAAAAAACCAGCUCACCGAUACUAAUAAUAAGCAUGUGACAAGCCAUCAGCUCACCAAUGACGACGCCGCAAUUGGAAAAGAACAACUGGAUCAGGAAGCACUUUAUCAAGAUUCACAAAAUGCACAAUCCGAUAGCAAUAAGAAAAAGAGAUGUGCCAUUGGAAGGUCAUCACAAUACGUAGAAACAUAUACAUAUCCAAGUGCCAACCAUCCCCUUUUAAGAUCGAGAAGACAAUAUACAGAAUAUUAUAUACCGAAUCUGAAUCUGGAAAAGAGACAUGUCAUUACAACCAGGUCACCAGAUAAUAUAGAGGCAUAUGAACAUCCAACUGGCAACCCCCUCUUAAGAUCAUAUACGAAUGUAAUUCUACGAAGAGCGCAACCAUCCAGCAACCUCCAGAGAAGUUACAAUCCUCUCCAAGAGUAUAGUAGCGACACAAUGCGAUGGAGGAGAAGUCUGAAAAAGAGACAGGCCGAUCUAUCAUCCCUGACAAGUUUGACAAGUGAUGAGUCCGUCUCAAAGAUGCCAUAUACGAUUAUGACUCUGGGUGACUGGAUGCAAAGAGCGAUAGGCGCUAGAUUGUCCGACUUAACAUCCAAUCCUCUCCAAUCCUCCAAUCCUUCCAAUCCUCUCCAAUCCUCCAAUCCUUCCAAUCCUCUCCAAUCCUCCAAUCCUUCCAAUCCUCUCUUAAGAAAACAUAUUCGAAGCCAAUAUAGCUGGCCUCCUAAAGACUCUGGACCUGUACAAAAGGUUGACCAUUUUGUUGAUGAUGAGCGUUAUUGGUGAGGUAACUCAUAUUUUAUGUUACGCUAAUUCUGUCGCGUAACUUUUAUAUGUAUUACUGCCUCACUCCUACCGCGACUUACAAUGCACCCGUUUUACCGCACGAUUUCGUCCCAGGCUUAUUAUUAGUAAGGUACUGUUAUAGAUACGAUGUUAUUAUCGAUUUACAUCGCGUCACCUUGGAGUAGCGAGUCGAUUGACCGUAAUUAUUUUUCAUGAUCUAUUUGUUAUAAUUACUCUCGUACGCAGCAUUUUAUGCGAGCGUGCGUCUCUUAUUAAUUCCGUCCACUUAUUGUUAGAAGUUGAAGUUUUAUGUAUGUAAUAGUGUCUUAAUAAUUAAUAAACUAUAAUGCAGCAUCAUAA